UCAAAAUAUAUCUAUGACGUCACACCUGACAACAAAGUAACAACAUGGCGGCGAUGGUCAGGUUGCUGGAACAAACUGACCCCACCGUCGAGGAAGUUUAUCGCCGAAAAAAUGAAGCAGAAGAAGCCAGGCAACGUGAGUACUUGUCAUCCGUGAAAAUACAGGCAUGGUACCGUGGGGAAAGAUCAAGGGCUUAUAUCAGGCACCUAAACAAAUGUGCAACAAUCAUCCAGAAGAUGUGGAGAGGCUUUAUAGGGCGAGGCCUUACCAGAAUUCUCAUUAAGAAUAGUGUAUUGAUCAUGAAAAUAAACUACUACAACAGGAAAGCAACUUAUAUACAAAAAAUGUGGAGAGGAUUCUAUGUUAGAAAAUAUGUAUUUAACUACUACAGUCGAAAACGCUACUUGGAGGCACUGCAGAUCAAAAAUGAAAUUGUGAGGAGUGAACUUGAAGAAUAUUCAGAAAUGCAGGAACAAGAACGUAGACGAAAGGCUGAAAAAGAACAGAAAGAAAGACGGGAGCAACUGGCUAGGAAGAACCAUUACUUGAUCAGUACAGAAGUUAUACCUGGAGUAUUCAACUCUCCGUUCUUACCAUAUCCUACAGACACUGAAUAUCUGCUGAGAUCUGUGAGGCCACUCAUGCAUGAAAAGAAAAAGAAAACAGACAAGCCAUUUGAUCCAACGUGUAAGAGUUACGACUUGCCAAGACCCAGAGUGUUACCGCCAUUAUCAAGCAAACCUCAGGGCCCCUUCCGUGACCCAUCAGACGUGCAGCAGCAGAGAUACAAACCAUUCCAGCCUUCACUGAGAGUGGCCACCUCCUUCACCUCGCUCGAGGAUGCUCGCCAGAAGAUGAAGGACCAAGAGUGGGUCACCAGACUCAAUGACAACAUCUUUGAGCCAUUCAGUCGCCGGGAUGUUAAGUAUGAUCCCUUACUCCACACCAGGUCGAGAUACGGACAUCUUCCCUACGGCUUCAGAUACUUCAGAGAGGAGUUUCAGGAUAAACACGUCAGUCCUCAGGAGAGAGAAAGGAUAAUACAAUCAAAUAUAAGACUUGAACAACGAGAGAAGUCUUUCAAGACGUUGGUACCACCGAUCCCAAUAUUUGACAAGCUCAAUGACACCUAUUCCCAAGGUCAAGUGUUCUAAGGACUCAGACUGCCAACUAACACAUGGCAAUACAACUGAAAUGUUAUUUCCAUUCAAUUUAAGAGCAGAACUUCAAAAUGACAUACAGAAAAUACAUAUAGUUUAAGUUCUGUAUAAAUAUGAAAUAAAUUUUAUUUCAGAAUUGUAAUUGUCAAAAAAAAACUGCAUUUAAUACUUGAUUGUUUGCAGAUUUUUUUGUUUGUUUUAUGUUAAUGUGGUGAAUUUUCAUCAUAUUUUGUCACUGUUGUUAUUCUUUCAUAUUUUGAAAUGU